AAAGAUAGAACAUUACCCAAACCCUUUAAUAUUCGCCCUGGAUAUGAUUUUAAAUAUGUUACUUCGUACAUUGAAUAUUAUCUUGCUUUUGAUGAAAAACAAUAUGACAAACUCUUUGAUAAUGAAAAAUUGUUCAACAAUCUGUCUAUUAUAAAACAGAAUGAAACACUGGUUCAAUGGGGAAUACGAGUUAGAGUACCUUUACAGAAUUUGUUGAGCGCUGGAAAAUUUAAUGUGUACCAUUGA